CAGAACCAGGCGGGGUGCGGGGAGGUAAAGGCUGAGGCCCCUGGGCACCAAGGUGGGAGAUGCCCGGCCCGGCAUCAUAGGGGCCUUGCUCUGGGUCUCCUUUGGUCCCCCUUUCUCAGAGAUGGGGGGAAUUAGUACCGUUUUGUGCACAACCCUCAAGACUGUCCUUUCUCUCACAGGCUGACAGUGCUUGGGAGCCACCGUGCCCGCUGCCCACGGAGCUGAGCCUUGACCUUCACAGGGUGAGGAGACGAGGAUGCUCUAGACACCGCCCAGCAAGCCCAGGAAGCCCCCGGCCGAGCCCUGAGCGCAAGCCUCCCGCCCACCAUGGCCUCCGCUGACAAGAAUGGGGGGAGCCUGUCCUCCGUGUCCAGCAGCCGUCUACAGAGCCGGAAGCCACCCAACCUGUCCAUCACCAUCCCUCCCCUUCCCCCCGAGACCCAGGCCCCCAGCGAGCGGGACAGCAUGCUGCCGGAGAGGCCCAAGAACCCAGCCUACUUGAAGAGCGUCAGCCUCCAGGAGCCGCACGGACAAUGGCACGACGGCGCGGAGAAGCGCCCCGGCUUCCGCCGCCAGGCCUCUCUGUCCCAGAGUAUCCGCAAGGGCACAGCCCAGUGGUUUGGCGUCGGCGGCGAGUGGGAGGGCAAGCGGCAGCACUGGCAGCGCCGCAGCCUGCACCACUGCAGCGUCCGCUACGGCCGGCUCAAGGCCUCGUGCCAGAAGGACCUGGAGCUCCCCAGCCAGGAGGUGCCCUCCUUCCAGGGCAUCGAGUCUCCCAAAUCCUGCAGGAUGCCCAAGAUUGUGGAUCCACUAGCCCGGGGCCGGGCCUUCCGCCACCCAGACGAGGUGGACCGUCCCCACGCCCCUCACCCGCCGCUGACCCCGGGGGUCCUGUCCCUCACCUCCUUCACCAGCGUCCGCUCCGGCUACUCGCACCUGCCCCGCCGCAAGAGGAUGUCCGUGGCCCACAUGAGCUUCCAGGCCGCCGCCGCCCUCCUCAAGGGGCGCUCAGUGCUGGACGCCGCUGGCCAGCGGAGCCGGGUGGUCAAGUGCAGCUUCGCCUACCCCAGCUUCCUGGAGGAGGAUGCGGUUGAUGGGGCGGACACCUUCGACUCCUCCUUUUUUAGUAAGGAGGAAAUGAGCUCCAUGCCCGAUGACGUGUUCGAGUCUCCCCCGCUCUCUGCCAACUACUUCCGCGGGGUUCCGCGCUCGGCCUCCCCAGUCUCCCCCGGCGGGAUGCAGAUCGCCCUGAAGGACGGGGCCCGAGCGGCCGCGCCCGCGGCCCGGCGGGGCACGCGCAUCGCCUCCAAAGUGAGGCACUUCGCCUUUGACCGGAAGAAGCGGCACUACGGCCUGGGCGUGGUGGGCAACUGGCUGAACCGCAGCUACCGCCGCAGCAUCAGCAGCACGGUGCAGAAGCAGCUGGAGAGCUUCGACAGCCACCGGCCCUACUUCACCUACUGGCUGACCUUCGUCCACGUCAUCAUCACCCUGCUGGUUAUCUGCACCUACGGCAUCGCGCCCGUGGGCUUCGCUCAGCACGUCACCACCCAGUUGGUGCUGAGGAGCAAAGGCUUCUACGAGAGCGUCAAGUACAUCCAGCAGGAGAACUUCUGGGUCGGCCCCAGCUCGCUCGACCUGAUCCACCUGGGGGCCAAGUUCUCACCCUGCAUCCGGAAGGACCGGCAGAUCGAGCAGUUGGUGCAGCGGGAGCGGGAGCUGGAGCGAGACUCGGGCUGCUGUGUCCAGAACGACCACUCCGGCUGCAUCCAGACCCAGAGGAAGGACUGCUCGGAGACGCUUGCCACAUUCGUCAAGUGGCAGGAUGAUACGGGGCCCCCCAUGGACAAAUCCGGUCUGAGCCAGAAGCGGACAUCCGGGGCUGUGUGCCACCAGGACCCUAGGACCUGCGAGGAGCCGGCCUCCAGUGGUGCCCACAUCUGGCCUGAUGACAUCACCAAGUGGCCGAUCUGCACAGAGGGGGCCCGGAGCAACCACACGGGCAUCCUGCACGUAGACUGCGAGAUCAAAGGCCGGCCCUGCUGCAUAGGGACCAAGGGCAGCUGUGAGAUCACCACUCGAGAGUACUGUGACUUCAUGCAUGGCUAUUUCCACGAAGAGGCCACCCUUUGUUCCCAGGUGCACUGCUUGGAUAAGGUGUGUGGGCUGCUCCCCUUCCUCAACCCAGAGGUCCCGGAUCAGUUCUACAGGCUCUGGCUGUCUCUGUUCCUGCAUGCUGGCGUGGUGCACUGCCUCGUGUCUGUGGUCUUCCAAAUGACCAUCCUGAGGGACCUGGAGAAGCUGGCCGGCUGGCACCGCAUCGCCAUCAUCUUUGUCCUCAGCGGCAUCACCGGCAACCUCGCCAGCGCCAUCUUCCUCCCAUACCGGGCAGAGGUAGGCCCGGCCGGCUCGCAGUUCGGCCUCCUCGCCUGCCUCUUUGUGGAGCUCUUCCAGAGCUGGCAGCUGCUGGAGCGGCCCUGGAAAGCCUUCUUCAACCUUUCGGCCAUCCUGCUCUUCCUCUUUGUCUGCGGCCUCCUGCCUUGGAUCGACAACAUCGCCCACAUCUUCGGCUUCCUCAGCGGCAUGCUCCUGGCCUUCGCCUUCCUGCCCUACAUCACCUUCGGGACCAGCGACAAGUACCGCAAGCGCGCCCUCAUCCUGGUGUCGCUGCUGGUCUUCGCCGGCCUCUUCGCCUCCCUGGUCCUCUGGCUCUACAUCUACCCCAUCCACUGGCCCUGGAUCGAGUACCUCACCUGCUUCCCCUUCACCAGCCGCUUCUGCGAGAAGUACGAGCUGGACCAGGUGCUACACUGACGCCGUCUGCCUGCCCU